AUUGAGUCUGUGAAAAUGGAGGGUAACCUUUGCAUUACGAUAUUCGUUGUUGUCUGCCUUGUAUGGCAAGCACAGGCACAAACACAAGGAGUCAACUGCGCGCAAACUGGCGCAGGCCGUUUCGCAGAUCCGGCCGAUACAACAUGCAGAAAUUACACCCUCUGCGUUGCCCUCAACAACGUUACAGGUCAAUUUUUAUCGUAUAAUUAUGUCUGUCCUACAACGUCGCUGUUCAAUCCGCUGACACAUCAGUGUACAACAAAUUACGUUUGCAACGCAAACGCCGUACCACCAAAUACUGCUACUUGCACUGCGGAAGGUUUUAUCGCCAAUCCGAAUUCCGCAGAUUGCACAAGUUUCAUUCAGUGCGUUAUACAAAAUGGGGUUAUGACUCAAUUUCCUCAGACCUGCCCACAAGGCACCUUUUAUAACCCUGCAACUACAUUGUGUGAAGGAAAUUAUGUGUGUCCCGUUAAUUGUGUCAAUGCUGGUAGAUUUCCAGAUCCCACAAGUACGGAUUGUUCAAAUUAUUUCUUGUGUGCAGCAGCAGCUAACGGCGUAUUGACACGGUACUCUUAUACUUGUCCCGGAACAUCAUUGUUUAAUCCAAAUACCGGAAUAUGUUCAUCAACUUAUAUAUGUCCACAGUAAAUGUUGAGAUGGUUUACUUUGCCGAAACUAAAAUAGGUUUGUGAGCAUUAAAAUUGAUUUAUGUUAUUCAAAAAUAAAGCAUUGAGCAUUAA